CGGGUAAGUGCUACAAUAAUUGGUGUAGGCAAAUUUACAGAGAGAUCAUUAUUGUUUUCUGGAGCGGUGAUUGAAAGGCAUGAGCAGAGCGGACUCCCGAUUGGACACAGCAUGCACUAGGUGUUGGACCUCUUCAUCAUGGGGUUGUCCGACAGCUUGGACAGUGUUGGAGAUGAGCUAGCUCUUCAUCUGCUCAAUGACUCGCUUUUGAGCGGAAAUAUGAGCGAUUUGGACGAAGAUGACCUUCUGUCAACAGGAGUUAAGACCACUGUGGUUGCGCUUUACUGCGUCGUGUGUGUGGUGGGACUUGUGGGGAACUGCCUGGUCAUGUAUGUCAUCAUCAGGUAUACAAAGAUGAAGACAGCCACCAACAUCUAUAUCUUUAACCUGGCACUGGCUGAUGCCCUGGUUCUGGCCACUCUACCUUUCCAAGUCACAGAUGUUCUACUAGGCUACUGGCCCUUUGGCUUGGCCCUGUGCAAGAUGGUGGUGGCCAUUGACUAUUACAACAUGUUUACCAGCAUCUUCACUCUGACCAUUAUGAGUGUGAACCGUUACAUCGCUGUGUGCCACCCAGUGCAUUCGCUGGCCGUGCGUACGCCCCAAAGAGCCAAGCUGGUCAAUGUGGCAGUAUGGGUACUGGCUUCUGCCAUAGGAGUACCUGUUAUGAUCAUGGCACAAGUGGAAGUGGAGUCCAGCGAUAUUGAGUGUAUGGUGGUGCUUCCUGAUCCUCGAAGCUACUCUGAGCCUGUAUUCGGCAUCUGUGUGUUCCUUUUCUCUUUUUUAAUUCCAGUGGUUAUCAUUAGUGUCUGUUACGGCUUGAUGGUGCGACGGCUGCGUAGCGUACGUCUCCUCUCCGGCUCCCGCAGCAAGGACAGGAACUUGCGAAGGAUCUCGCAGAUGGUGCUGGCUGUGGUGGCUGCAUUUGUGCUCUGUUGGAUGCCUAUUCAGGUCCUCACUCUGGUUCAGACCUUGAUUAAGGUGAACCUGGGAGGCAGCCAGACCACUGUAGCAGCAAUGCACUUCUGCAUUGCACUGGGUUAUGCUAAUAGCAGUCUCAACCCUGUGCUCUAUGCCUUCCUGGAUGAAAAUUUUAAACGGUGCUUCCGUGAGUUCUGUGUGCAAACCAACACAGAUGUGGAACUGGAACCACAACAGAGAAAAUCAGUGAGAAAGGAGGAAACAGAGGAACAAGAGUUCAUAGGAAAUGGAGUGGUUAAUGAAGCUGGUGCCAUUCCCAGGUGCGAGGAGUAGAACUGUAAAAUGGGCUUGACAAUAAAGGUGCUCUAUGUGAAUGCUCAUAGCCUUGAACCAUUCUAUGGAUUGAGCAUUUUCUGUUAAAGUAGCUUACUGGAAAAUUCUGUUGCAAUUUGACCAUCUGUGCUUUCCUGUGUUGUUUAGCUAUGGGACUAAACAACAGUAAACUGCCUCAUGGCUUGGGACAAAGGGGCUUAUUCUAUGUCUUUUUAUACCAAAAUCAUUUAAUCACCAAUUUACACAAACUGAUCAUUCUUUGUUUUAUAUAUAAUAGCACAAGUAGGUAUACAGUUACUUACUGAUAUGUUCUUAUGCACAAUUUGUCAACCUCUACCUAAUCCCUCAAGCAAAAAUAUAACAAAUGAAGGGCUAGAGGAUGAGUAAUGCAAUUUAGGCAUGGACAAAACAUCUAUAGUUAAAUAAUAUCAAGGUAGAGGGGUUCUAACAAAGUUGGUAUUUUUACAUUUACAACAUAUAUAGUAUAUGGUAUUAUGUAACUGAUUAAAUGGCCAUAACAAUGCAAAGCCCUUUGCAGUUUUUUAACCAGCAUGCAUUUUUGUUGUAAUAUUGACUUUUAUUCUGAACAUGGAAAAAGUUCUAAAUGCUAAAAAAUCCUAAUGUAAAUAAAUGGCAUGUCUAGAAACAUAGUAUGUAACUGUACGUGAUUGUAAUUAUUAAAUAUCUGCAUAUUAUAUGGCAUAUAAUGUCAGUGCUGUGUAUUUGUUAUGUGAUGCAUUAUUUUAAAAAAAAUAAAAAUAAAAAUAAUUAAAAAAAGGUUUCCUGCCCAUAGUA